AGACCUUCUCUUCAUCUCCCACGCCCCUUUGUUUUUUGUUUUUGGUCUCUCUCCCCGUCGCACCUGUGCGCAUAUUUUUCAUUGCCACAUCAUUUCCAACCCCUGCUCUUUUGUUUCCGUCUUCGACGCUACCUGGCAGAUUAGUAUCAUUCUGUGGUGUAUACGUGUUCCCCCCCCUACGCUCUUGCGCAACUACUCUUCUGUUCGAUAACUGUAGUCGAGUUCGCUCACGGUUUCAUUUACGCAUACGUAAUUCAAGAAGCUCUUUCCCCCUCCUCCCGCAACAAGCAGAAAUGGCCAAGGAAGGUUCCAAGACGAAGGAGGUGCCCGCGUGCCGCAUGGCGCUAUGUGUGGUGAUCGCCGUUGUGGAGUUCAUCGGUCUCUUCUUCAUGUGCAUCGGCUCCCCAUACGAUCAGGUCAAGAUCACCAGUGACAGCUGGGUGGUGCCGAAGGAUCUCUGCUACUCCGUCUGGGGUACGAAGCGCUGCAGCGGCUCCCACCCGCUGGCGUGGCACGAUGCGGCCUUCUACGCCCGCUGCGGCGUCUUCGAGGCGACUCUCAAGUCGGCCGCUGCCUUCAGCAUCAUCUCUCUCUUUGCCUUCGUCAUGGGCAUGACGGUGUCGCUUCUGCUGGCCUGCAAGUGCCUCGCCACGAAGAUCCCGGCGGUCCUGAUUCUUCUCUUUGGCGUCAUCACUAGCUCCGUUCCCUUCGCUGCGAUUGCCGGCCUCUACAACAACUCGCAGUGCAACGCGCGCUUCAGGGACAUCGGCGAGUACCAGCCCGGCUUCGCGUUCUUCGUCAUUUCCUGGUGCAUGGCGAUCAUUUCGUUCAUCUUGAUCUGCUUCGCAUAA